CGUAUGGAAUAUAUAUUUUGGAUAUUUUUGUUACUUAUGUUUUUGAUACUUAUAGGUGGAUAAAGUGAAUUGUGAACUGUUUUCUGUGCAUCGUAUCGCAUUAUAUAAAUGUCAUUUGAGACCAGGGACAAACAAUCAUGCGAAAGUGAUCCUAUCUAUAAGUGAUGUUUACACUAAAGUUCCUAAUCUUUGCUGCAUUAGCUUUCUGCAGCGGCGCCCAUAAUAAUGAAGGAAUGGUGAUAAAAAUUGGGGCUAUCUUCUUUGAUACCGAAAUGAAUCUGGCUGCGGCUUUUGAUGCCGCCAUCGAGGAGGUAAAUGCCUUAAGCCCAGACUUACAACUGGAACCCAUAAAGCAUUACAUUACUGUGGACGAUAGCAUUGUGCUGCAGGAUUUAUCCUGUGACUUGAUUGGGAAUGGUGUCGCUGCUAUUUUGGGACCAAGUUCAAAGACGACCAGCGAUAUUGUCGAGGUGCUGUGCAAUAUGAUGGGCAUUCCGCAUCUACAGUUCGACUGGCACCCACAGCAAUCCUCACGUGAGCGUCUAAAUCAUCAGUUGACCAUCAAUGUGGCGCCCUCAGAACUAAUACUCUCUAUGGGCCUCGCUGACAUUCUGCGGAGCAAGGCCUUUGAUUGGAAGUCCUUUACUAUUGCCUAUGAGCGGGAUGCACACUUUGCCCGAUUUCAGCAUAUCUUUGCUUGGAGGCAGUUGCACAAAACUGGAAUCAAGCUCCAGGAGUUUCAACGCGGCGAUGAUUAUCGAAUACUUUGGAAACGCAUUAAUAAUGCUCGUGAGAAGUUCGUGCUGCUUGAUUGCCCCUCCGAUAUAUUGGUGGAUGUGGUCAAUGCCUCGAUAGCUUUCAAUAUGACUGGAUCGUUUAAUAAUCUGUUCCUAACCAAUCUGGAUACCCACGUCAGUGGCAUCGAUCGAUUCUAUUCGCGUGAGUUCACAGUUGCCGUUGCAGCUGUGAGAAUUCGUUCCUAUAUUCCACCGCCCUUACAUGAUGAAACCGAUGUGUUCGAUAAUGAAAUUGAUGAUAGGUUCAUCUCAUUGAGCACUCAGCUCGUCUACGAUGCCAUUGUGCUCUUCUACAAUGCUGUGCUACUAUUGAGUCAACGAACCGGAUUCUACACGCCACAGUUUAGCUGUGGGCGUGGCUUCUGGCAGCCAGGACCGCAUUUAGUGCAACAGAUGAAGGAGCUGACACCAAAGCAGAUCAAACCGCCAUAUAAGACACAGCGACUGCAACUCACAGCGGAUGGACAACGCGAGGACUUCAAUUUGGAUGUUUACAAUCCGAUCAUUGAUCGCGUAACGCACAUCUGGAACAAGGAGUUUCAGCUGGUGGACUACGAUAAGAUUAGAGAGAACUCAACGCAGGCGCUGAAACAGCGACGUCAGGAGAACAAGGAAGAUUUCUCACAAAAGCCCGUCCGAUAUACAGUGGCCACUCGAGUGGGCAAGCCCUACUUCAGCUGGCGCGAGGAACCUGAAGGCGUGCACUAUGAGGGCAAUGAACGUUUCGAGGGAUAUGCGGUUGAUUUGUUAUACAAGCUGGCCGAGGAAUGCAAAUUUGAUUUUGAAUUUGAGCCGGUGAGGGAUAACAAAUAUGGGAGCUACGAUGCAUCUACCGAUGAAUGGGAUGGCAUAAUUAGGCAGCUAAUUGACAACAACGCACAGAUUGGCAUCUGUGACUUGACCAUUACUCAGGCGCGUCGUUCGGUUGUGGACUUCACUGUGCCAUUUAUGCAGCUGGGCAUAAGCAUCUUGUCGUACAAGCAGCCACCACCACAGGCGGAUAUUUAUGGCUUCCUCAAUCCCUACGGUGUAGAUGUAUGGCUCUAUGUAAUGGUUGCAAUGCUAAUUUCAGCAAUGGCAUUGGUUGUGGCCGGCCGCAUGGAUUCUAGCGAAUGGGAGCCGCCAGUUGUGAAUGAUAAUAAUCAAGAGGAACGCGAAAAUAUCUGGAAACUGCAUAAUACAAUGUGGCUUGUCCUCGGCUCAAUACUCAAUCAGGGCUGUUAUCUGUUGCCCAGGGCCCUUCCGAUGCGCCUGCUGACUGCAUUUUGGUGGUUCUUCACUCUGCUCAUCUCGCAAACAUACAUUGCCAAACUGGCUUCCUUUCUCACGUCCUCCAAAUUGACUGGCGGCAUUGAAUCGUUGCACGAUCUGAUUGAUCAGAACAAGGUACAAUUUGGCACGAUUCGAGGUGGCGCUACUUCUGUGUAUUUUUCCGAGUCGAACGAUACUGAUAAUCGCAUGGCCUGGAACAAGAUGUUAUCUGUGAAACCAGAUGCCUUUACCAAAAAUAAUGAGGAGGGUGUGGAUCGCGUCAAACUAAGCCGCGGCACCUAUGCUUUUCUAAUGGAAACCACAAAUCUACAGUACUAUGUGCAACGAAAUUGUGAGCUAACCCAACUGGGGGACAGUUUUGGAGAGAAGCACUACGGUAUUGCCGUGCCAUUAAAUGCAAAUUUUCGAUCAAAUCUGAGUGUUGGCAUUCUAAAGCUGAGCGAACGAGGCGUUCUUUAUAAUCUGCGCAACAAAUGGUUUAAUGCGAAUGACACAGUUUGUGAUAACAGCGGUCCCACGAAUAAUGAUGGCCAGUUUGACAUGGAUGCAGUGGGUGGGCUAUUUAUGGUGCUUAUUGUGGGCGUAUUUGUGGCUUUUCUCAUUGGCAUGGUAGAGUUCCUGUGGCAUGUGCAUCGCAUUGCGCUCAAGGAAAAGAUAAAACCCAUUGUGGCAUUAAAGGGCGAGCUUAACUUUCUCGUACGUGUCUGGCAGACACGAAAGCCUCCGCGCACACAUCGCCAGAGUCGGGACUCCACCUCGACGGGCUACUCCUCGCUCGGCCCAAUGUCUAGUAUGUCCAGUGUGAAGAAGAAGAAGAAAAAAUCGAAAAACAGAUCGGAGUAGAAUGCAUUUAACGCUUGUAAAAUUCAUUCAAAUAGCAUUUGUAAUUAUAAACAUUUAAUAAAA